AUGGGUACCGUGACCAACGGGGACCUGAACAAUACGGCCGCUGAGCGAGCUCGGGCUGAAAUCGCUGUUGAUGCGGCAUAUCGCAAUGUUUCUUUCGCAAUUCCUGCGAGCGAAGAUGAUGAGUUUGUGAGGAAAACAUACCGCCCGUUUCUGCUCGAUGAGGCGCACGCAAAGCAAGAUUGGAUUGCAAAACUUGAACUUAGCACGGCGUUGAAGAUGGUGAACUCUCAAAUCUUGAAGAGCGGUGGCGACAGAUUGAAGAUUCUCGUAUUGUAUGGCAGUAUGCGGAAGCGAUCCUAUUCAAAAUUGCUAUCAUAUGAGGCUAGCCGGAUACUCUUCCGACUGGGGUGCGAUGUCCGCGUGUACGAUCCCACCGGCCUUCCUGUGAAAGACGACGUUCAGCAUUCGCACCCGAAAGUGCAAGAACUGCGGGAUCUGAGCAAGUGGAGCGAUGGACAUGUGUGGAUAAGUCCGGAGCAGCAUGGAAACCUUACCGCAGUAUUCAAGAACCAGAUCGAUUGGAUACCGCUCUCAACUGGUUCGGUUCGUCCGACCCAGGGACGAACGUUAGCGAUCGCGCAAGUUAGUGGCGGCUCUCAGUCGUUCAACACUGUGAACUCGCUGCGCAUCCUCGGACGGUGGAUGCGCAUGUUCGCUAUUCCCAACCAAAGCUCAGUUCCCAUGGCGUACACACAAUUCACAGAUGAGGAUGCGAGUGAAGGAGGAAGUCGGCUAAUGCCCAGCGGGAACAGAGACAGACUCGUCGAUUGCAUGGAAGAGCUUGUCAAGUACUCGAUCGUAAUGCGACCACACUUCGACCUUUUUGGUGACCGAUAUAGUGAAAGAGAAGAAAAGAGGAUCAAAGCAGAGAAAGCAGCAUUGUUGGAAAAAUAG